AUGGAUACUGAUCCUCCCUCACACCAUAGUGAGCCGACAUCUGAUCCAGACCUCACUCCUGAGGAUGCUAGCCAAAAAGCUGGCGUAUCUGAGGACCCAACUGGAAAGAAGCGCAGCGCAUCACCAACAAACGAUGAUCCUUCAAAGCGCCUCAAGACUUCUCACGAUUCCGCAGAACCUAGCAGCGACAACGAGCAGCUGGGCAAUGAGAAUGAGACUACCGGAGUCUCUGUCGCCAGUGAAGCCCCAGGAGCCCCAAGCGUUGCGCCUACUUCUCAAAAUGUCCCAAAACAUCCUUCCAGCAUUCGACUUCCUUCUUGGUUUCCACCCAUCCCCCAAGCUGCGAUGCAAGAGCUCAAAGUGUGGCUAGCAACUCAUGCCAAUGCCAGAGCUGGCGAUCAGAUUGCUAGUGGUAGCCAUACACAACUCCUGAAGACAAUGGAACCAUACCAGCAGGAUCUGGAAGCAAUUUGUCGCACAAUGAGAGUUGAAACGAAUGGUAUUGAUUGGAGAGAUGGUGUGACAAUUCCGGAAGUCACGACGGACCGACAGAAAGUGAAAGCCCAUCAGAUUUCUGGGGCCAACUGGAUCUCGAACACUCUGGACUCGCCACUCCGUGCUGCACUCCUGGCGGAUGAGUGUGGAACUGGAAAGACUGUUCAAAUCGGCCUCGCGCUUGCUAUGCACUAUCACCGAGUAAAGGCAGAGGUUGAGGCGGGAACCUUCAGACCGCGAGAUGAUAUGAGAUGGUUCAAGCCAAGCAUCAUCCUCUGUCCCCACAAUCUCGCUUACCAGACAUUUCGAGAAUGGUCAAGCUGGUUUCCGAAAUUCUUCGAAAUCCAGAUCUGCCAUGGAACAAAGGCCCAGGCUGUUGAUGAGUCGGCGGAAGAGCAUACCAUGAAUGAAAAAGAUGGUCUGCAAUCCUGGGUAGAUGAGAAUGCCGCGUCGCACCGAGACAUCGAUACCCUUCUCAACAUCGCCAUCAUUCCGUACAAUACGGCCUUGGAACGCAUGAUUGACCGGGAGGAAAUGAAAAAGCAAAAAGCCGCCAACCAGACACAAUUGCAACAACUUCUCAAGUCAAAGCGAAAGAAACGCCCAAACGUUGAAAAUGAAGAGCUCAAGUUCUCUAUCAAGGGUCAAAGCUACAACUGGAUCAUCUGUGAUGAUGUAUACGCCAUUCGGGGACCUCGCACCGAAACACACCAGUUGAUCACCGAGUUGGAGCAUGAGGCGACCCUUAUAGCUUCAGCGACACCACUUCUAAACCACCAAGAUGACAUGAAGAAAGCUUGGCAAGCUCUCCAAAACGGUGACGAGUACAAGGGUCUCACUUUAGACCAUAUCAUCCAACCGGAACGCUCAACACUUGGGAAGGCGACUUUCCGUGAUCGCCGCAUGAGGGAAGAGUACAUCACGUAUAUCCAGGAAAAGAAGGGUCCCUUGUUCCUGAUGAACCCGGACCUCUUUCAGGAGUUCCGUGAAGACAUGAAGUCUAAGAAGCCUGAAGUCGCACGAGAGGCUAUUCGGCCUCUUUUGGAAAUGUUCUGUCUUCGCCGCGGAAUGUUGUCACACACGGCCAUGCCUGACGGAACGACCGUGGUACCAAGCGAAGGUAUUCCUCGCAUGCACAUCAGAACUGUCAACGUUCAACCCUAUAACGACGAAGAUCAGAACGAUUUGUACAGAAUCAUAAAGAAGCAUUACCCAAAACUGUUUAAUAACAGUCGGGACAAGGGUAAAGACAUUGGGCAUGGUACCUUUGACAAAGCACAGCAUAUGUGGCCAAAUUCUGCCAUCGUCCGAACGCUGGCUUUGUCCACUACCAACGUCGAAUCCUAUCCCCUAACGCAGAAACCCAGUGGAGAGGAUAAUAAAUACUCGCCAUCCGCCCUCAAUUCUCCAAUUGGUCAAAAAGUGAUGAAGAACCAGCCUUGUUUGGACAGAUUGACGUCGCUCAACCUCCCCGAAGCAAACACAGCCACCAUCGAGACUAAGGACCCCGAGAAGAUCGACAAAAUCCUAGCGAAAGAUGGAGUGGGCGGCCUCCUAUGGUAUCUCAGUGAGAUGCAUCAAGAUCAAAAUGUCGAGUUCCCUGAGUAUCGUCAAGACAUCGUGAAGACAAUCUGUGCACGAAGUCCCAAGCUCUGUUGGACAGUCAAACGUGUUCUGGAAUUAAAGGAAGAUGGACAUCGCGUUCUAGUCUUUGUUGAUAAUCCUUCGACCUCCUUGAUCGUGGCAGCCUUACUCACUAGCGUUUGUGUGACAACUCUAAACAUCAGAAGUUCAAACAAGCCUCAUGAGCGCGCUCAAAUGGUUCGUAAGUUCAACGACCCAGAUGAAAAGUUCGACGCCCUGGUCGUCUCCUUUGAACUUGGUGGAUUCGGUAUGAACCUCCAAGGAGCCUGCCAUCAUGGAAUCGUCGUGGAAUACCCCGACAACAUCCCCACCAUGCUUCAUGGGUUCGGCCGCCUUUGGAGAUUAGGACAGGAGCGCGAAGUCCACUGGGACGUUCUCUAUAUGGAGAACUCGUUCGAUGGUUGGGACGAAACAUGGAUGGUGUCGAAGUAUGCUGAUAUCCUUGCCGCUGAGGGAGAAAUUCCAGACGAAAUUCAAGGAGAACAUCGGGUCAUUUGCGCGUUUGAGUUGAUCAAACGAUAUCUUGGGCAAGACAGCAACCGGUACCCCCGGACUCGAGUGACCUGGGCUGAACAGGAGCAUCCCUUGGUAGCUCGAGAGGGCCACUUCUACUCCGCGUUGGCCACCUAUCUCUUGCAGAAUCCGGGACAUUUCAAGGAGGUUUGCCUAAAGCCCCUGCCUCUUAUUGCUCGUCGCUGGAGCCCGGAGCAAGGCGAAUUGACUCUGGAUAUGAUUGAAGGAAACUCUCCCGAACUAGAGGACGGAGUCAUUUUGGACUCGCGCAAUCCUCUCAAGCCCGGCUACGUUGCAGUCAGUGCAGAUGGGGAUCUUCAUCUACGCCAGGAGUUCAGACAAGCCGCCGAGAUUCUGUCGAACUUGAAGGAUGAUGGGCCUCGCUUGAGGAUUGAGCGGGAUAGGCGAAUUUGA